AUGAAGUGCGACAGUAGUUCCGCGACCUUUACGCAUCCGUUUUUUUGCUUUUGGUCCCGGUUGAAGAAGUACCACCUCCCGCACGACGGCUACAAAUGGCGCUCGGACGGACGGGACAAGAAAUGGCCCCAGACCACCAAGAUCUACUACAAGUGCAUCUCCGUUGAAGGCUGUUCGGCCAAGCUGCACUUCUUCCCGCACACGAAGGAGAUUCAGUACGUGGGCGAGCACAACCACCCCAAGGCCGGCGGCACCGGCGAGGAGGAAGAGGAGGAGGCGGUCGCCCCGGCCUCGCCCGCCACCGCCACCGUCGUGACCGUCGCCGCCUGCGCCGCCGUCAUCCCGCCCGAGGUCUACCAGAGGCCCGUCCGCCAGUCCACCCGCCGCCAGCGAAGCUGCGUGGACGCGAUGUCGUAUCUCGAUGACGAGAGCGACGACCGCGAAGACGAAGAGGAGGAAGAGGAGGAGUACGACGAUGAAGAGGCCUACGUCCCGCACAACUACCACUCCACCUCCACCUCGCCCGCCUCCAGCGACGUCGAGUCGUCACCUGCUCGGUCACGAGCGGGCAGCAUCGUGGCACGACCGCGCGCGAGGCCCGACCAGCAGCAGCUCGUCAACAUCGAGGAAGACGUGGCCAUCUUCCUCGGCGCCAUGCAGUCCGAGCAGAAGAAGGAGGUGAGCCCGACAGCGGUCUCACGGAAGCGGAAAGCCAACGACGAGAGCAGUCCCUACAUGAGCGAGGCCGACGACGAUGACGGAGGCCCGCCCAACACCGACAAUAAGUGCCCGCACUGCGGGAAGGUGUUCCAGAACCGGAGUACGUUCGUGCACCACUGGCGGGUGGUGGUGCAGAGGGAGCAGCAGCGCGACUGCCCCAUCUGCCACGAGAUCAUCUCCACGUGGUACAACAUGAAGCGCCACCUCGGCAACGUCCACAAGUGGUCCACCCAGCAGAUCGAGAACGAACGGUCGCGAAUAACGUCGCCGGCCUCGCCCCAGUUGGCCGAGCCACAGCACCUCCAAGUGCCCCCGCACCAGCCCCAGGUGCAGCAGCGGAGGAAAAAGGUCAAAUCCGAAGAGGCCUCGCCGAACCUGGUGGGCACCUCGCCCCAGCUCCAGCCUCAGCCUCAGCCCCAGCUGCAGCCACUCAAGCAACAGCCGGCGGCGCAGUGGCCUGAGCGCUCGGCGACGGCGGUCGAGGUCAAGAUGGAGGUGGUCUCGGCCGAAGAAGAAGAAGAAAACGACGAAGAGGGCGCCGACGGGGACGAGACCACGAAGCCUUCGAGCAUUCGAUCGCGACGUGCCCGCAAGGCCGCGGCGGCGGCCGCCCGGAAUUGCGGGAGUUGCGGCGAUGGCGAUGGCGCUGGCGGGCGUGUGGAGAGUAUGCUCGAGCGGCUGAUGGCCCUCUACGAGCAGGACCGCGCCGGGCGAUGCGGCGGCGAAGCGGAGGUGCGGGAGCAGCAGCUGCGACAUCAACAACAUCAACAACAGCAGGUGCAGCUGCAGAUGAAGGAGCAGGAGCUGCGGCUGCGCGAAGAGCGGGUCGAGAUGCGCGAGCGCGAGCUGGAGCAGCGCGAGCGGGACCAGCUCGCCCGACUCCACCUGCGCGAGGAGGCCAUGCUCCUGCGCGAGCGCGAGCUGGAGCUGGUCAUCCGCGAGCGCACCCUCGCGUUGGCCCUCACCUCGGCUGCCACGCCGGCCCAACAGUGA